AUGUCGUUAGCCUGGGCUACGGUUCAUCAUCAACUGAAUUGUCUUCCAGAUUUGGCCCAUGGACUAUUGGAUGAUAUGCAAAUUGUUGAGCAGCUGAUUUCUGCCGUGCGUCAUACAUAUCAGGUGGAGGAGUGGAACGAGGCAGCGGUCUUUGGUCGACUGCAUAUUUUUUGCCUGAAUACUCUCAACUCCCCAUCUUCUCAGAUGGCGGUCGAUUUAAACAAAAAAGUCGGAGUUUUACUUGCUGCUCCGCCGUUGCUGAUACGACGAAGCGAUGUGACUAGAGAGAUUAGUUCUGCAUUUUUUUACCACCUCGUUCGGUAUUCUCUUUUCGCCGCAACUUGCCUUGUGCUGUGGUGA